GAGCUAGCUAGCAAAAGUGUAAAUAGCUUAUGGAGAGAUGCCGUCCGGAUAUCUGCUCAUUAACUUGCAGGAUUUUUUUCUAGCCUCCCCAUUGAUUAAUAUGAUUUAGUCACCGGUGCUAAAAGGACAAGUGCUGCAAUAUUAUUUUUGUAUUCCCAUAACAAGCAUAUGGUUCUAAUCUCGAAAGAUGGAUGAGUCUGAGAGCAGCGCUCCAGGCCGGGUAACGGUGUACUCUAUCCAGGGCUGCCCACACUGUGUGCAGGCCAAGGCCACCCUCAGGCGCUUGGGGGUACCGGUACAUGACGUGGAUGUUGGCAGUCAUUCAGAGCUGAGGGAGAAGUUGAAGGAGCUGACAGGACGCAGCACCGUACCUCAAAUCUUCUUUAACUGCGUUCAUGUUGGGGGCAACGAUGACCUCUUAAAACUGUCUCCUGAGGAGCUUCAGAGGCUGGUGACUCUGGUCAAAGAGAAACCUUUUCCUGCGGAUGCUUUACCAUCGCCUGGCAAGAAUCCAUCAAUGGAUACAGGUGGAGCGACCGAUGGAGCUGCUGAGCUGUCUUUGCUUGUACGAGAGAUGAUCCUGAAAUUGUUCUCGAAGCAUCUCUCUGCUGAUGGCAAGUCUGUGGACUACAAAGGAUUGUCUGCGAACCCUGAUUUUGAGCGUUACUGUGAGCUAGCCAUUCAGCUGCAAAGGGUAGAGCUGCCGUCACUGAGCCGGGAGGAGAAGCUGGCCUUCUUCAUCAACAUCUACAAUGCCUUAGUCAUCCACGGGUACCUACGGCUGGGGGUCCCCACCAACAUGUGGCAGAGGUACAGGUUCUUCAACUACGUGAGCUACUUUAUUGGAGGAGAGGUUUUCACAUUGCAAGACAUAGAAAACGGUGUCCUGAGAGGGAACAGAAAAGGUGUUGCACAGCUGCGAAGGCCCUUCUCCAAUACAGACCCACGGCUUCAGGUGGCRCUUCCAGAUGCUGAGCCUCUCGUUCACUUUGCCUUGAACUGUGGUGCAAAGGGCUGCCCACCUAUCAAAGCCUACAGUCCAGAGGAUAUUGACACCCAGCUCCGCACAGCAGCUGAAGCCUUCCUGGAGAACGACAGUGGCUGUGUGGUGGAUCCUGGGAAAGGAGAAGUAYGGCUCAGUCAGAUAUUUAAGUGGUACAAGGCUGACUUUGGAGGCACCGAUGAGAAGCUGCUGGAAUGGGUGCUGGAUCAUAUGGGAGACUCUCCAAAGAAGAGCAGCCUGCAGGGUGUCCUUUCUGCUGGGAAGACUAAAGUCAGCUUCCUCCCUUAUGACUGGAGCUCCAACAGCUCCCACUGAGCAUGAAUGCUUUGUUUAAGGUUGCUUUUUUAAAUUUUCUAUACUCUGUCACAUUUGCUUGAAUCCAGAAGACUGACUUUGAAGUUUAAACCAAAUGUAGUUGUGACAGAGGCAGGUUUGCACUGCACCUCUAAAACAUAAUCCUGCUGUAGGCUUCCUCUUGCGUUAAAGUCUUAGUUAUAUCUUCUAAACCCCACUGUGGCUGUUACACAAGUAGAAAAUCAGAUUUUGCACACUCAACAUUUCGUGCUCCAGCAGAUCAGCUGAUAGCCACGUUAAGCAUAUUCUGUUAUUAACUGUAAUCCUUACGGGCUCCGCGCUCACUUGUCUUCGCCAGCAACUCAGGAAUGAAAGAUUACAAUUACAGUUUGGUUCAACACUGGCUGAAUUAUUCAUGGGGUGGACAUUUAUUCCCAGCAGAUGUUACCUUGACAAGCCAUAUCAAAACCUUUCAAACUCAUAAAGCCACUGUUUCAAGUGGUGCAAACUUGGGUUUUUAGGUCUACAAAUGGCAAAAAUGUUCAUUUCGUCUUUUUGCGUAUAAGAAUAAUAAUAGCUUUUGUGGGUUUUACACUUCAAGAAAAUUUACUUUAAUAUCCUGGAUACACAUUUUACAUAUCCAAGCAUGUGAUCCAGGUUUAUGUGCAUAUAACUGCUGGUAAGUUCUUUGGCUGAACUUACAAAGCACGUUUGAGUGCCGUUGCAUCAAUUAUUCAGUGUUUUUACCUGUCUUCAGAGGUAAUCCUCCCCUUCCUAUAUAUGCCUUUAUCCUUACACCUUCCUUUUGAUCCAAGUCCUCCUUUGAAAGUCUUUAAUAAAGAGCUACUGCUACGUUUUUUUUAGCAAAAUAAGACUAUGAAGUACUUAAAUUUUGGAACGCACUUUGACACUUUGCAUGUUUAUAGCUGACUUUUAAUGCUACCGAGACAUAUUUGUAGCCUUUUUCAUAAAUGGUUGUUCACUUUUGAACUACAUGGGAGUUUUUGAGCUGCAUUUAUGAAGGUGUGUGAAUCUUUAUCAGUCUAACUUAUAAAGAAGAAUUAAUUUGGUUAGAUACMUGAGUUUUAAUUUAUUUCUGGAAAUGUAUUUUUUUUUUCAAGUCAGCAUUACACAAUAUUUAAUAUAUGAUACUUACCUUGCUUAAAUUAUUUUAAGUUAUUAUGGUGGAGCUGUAUUUUAAACAGUAUCUGGGUUAUUUACCACCGCACUAAUAAAUGCUGCAUGCUUUUUAAGUCCUGACAGCUCAUUCUGUACAUCUUUGUAAAACAGCAGAUUUUCCUUUACUUUAUAAAAUUAUUAGCAGCACCAAAGCAAACAGCUGAAUUAGCAUGUGUCUGAGCUGGAAUGCCUUUAACUGCAUGGGAUACUGGAAAACCUUGAAUGCAGGCCUGUGUUCCAGGAUUGCACACUUGUCUUUACAAUACAUACUUUAUAUUUAAAUGCAAGCCUUUAGUACACUUAGCUGUUAUCAAGUGAAGAGGCUGAUUACAUUGAGAAAAAGACAUUUAAUGGGUAAAGUGGAUGGCACAAAAGGGAUUAUUACCUUUCGACGAUGUUCUUUGUACCUCCUCAAAAUUACCUCAUGUAUCAGGAAACGUUUAUGCAAAAGCCUUUUUAAAUAAUUUCAAUAAAAMCAUUGUUAUCCCCUUUCCUUAAGCAAUAUGUUCAACAGUAAAUAUGCAAUGCCGAAUAAAGAAACAUGUUGAGUCUGUUUAUUUUUCCUGUUACCACUGGAUUGCAUGCAGUUGGCUUCAAUAAGCCAUUAUUUUCAUGCAUGUGCAUUACCAAACCGCCAAUAAAAAGUAAUGCUUUCUCCAGCAGUUGA